AAUUAUCAACAACAACCUAAAAUAUCAAAUUCAAGUGUAUCUAGUAUCGAACUAGAAAAUAUUAUUAAAACCAAUAAUGAAGAUAUUGUUAAAACUAAUGUAUUAGGGCAAGUAGAAUACUAUUCACCAGGUCAAGAAAGAUCACAA